AUGACUACAAUGAUAGGCACUCUGUCUGCUUUUGACAUGAAAAAGCAGACAUGGGAAGAGUAUUGUGAGAUACUGGAGCAGUUUUUUGAAGCUAAUGGAAUUGAUGACGGAGAGAAGCAAAGAGCUAUCCUCAUCAGCAUGGUGGGACCAGCCACAUACAAGCUCAUACGGAACCUGAUGAGUCCAGGUAAGCCCAGCUCAAAAACAUACGUUCAGUUGAAACAUUUUAUGAAAGAGCACUUCAACCCAAAACCGAGCAAAAUUGUGCAGCGAUACAAAAUUGACUUGCGCUCCCGCCAGCCUACAGAGACCGUCAGUGCAUAUGUAGCAGAACUGAGACGUUUAGCACAUGAUUGUAACUAUGGUGGUACACUGGAACAGAUGUUAAGAGACCGACUGGUAUGCGGUAUUAAUGAUGACAGGAUUCAAAGACGCUUGCUAUCCGAAACAGACUUGACUUUUGAGAAGGCGUUCAAAAUUGCAGUAGCUGCAGAAGCUGCUAGUAAAAAUGUUCAAGACCUCCACAAAGCACCGCUAGCAUGCAACAGCAUGAAGACCGAGGGAACACUAAAAAAGGAGGGAAAGUAG